AUGAUGAUCUCGAGGACGCUAGCCCUCUUGGCCAGUGUGGCCCCGGCUCUGGCAGCCAAACCAGCCGCAUUUUACUUGGCGGGUGACUCGACCACCGCGGCUCAGUCCUCUGGGGGUGGUGGGUGGGGGGUGGGAUUCCUGGCCACGCUCACCGAUGAAGCCAUUGGCACUGACCUGGGGUAUAACGGGGACACCACCGCGAGCUUUGUGGCGGGGGGAGCCUGGGCGAAUGUCAUCGAUGCCGUCACCCGCAGUAAGGUCUCCUAUCAGCCCUACGUGACCAUUCAGUUCGGUCACAACGACCAGAAGAACACUUCGGGGGUCACCCUCGGAGACUAUGCCACGAACCUGCAGACCAUGGCGGAGGCGGUAGUCACUGCUGGAGGAAUUCCGAUCCUAGUGACUCCCAUCUCCCGCCGCACCUUCAACUCCACCACGGGAACGGUGAUCGAGGACCUGGCCACCCAGCGCAACAUCACCAUCACCGUCGCGGAGUCCAUCGCCGUCGACUAUAUCGACCUGAACGAGGCCAGCACCGUGUACCUGGACGCCAUCGGGGCCACGGAUGCGGCCAGCUACAACCGGAUCUCCACCGACUAUACCCAUUUAAACCCGGUCGGCAGCGUCGUCUUCGGCAACAUGGUGAGCUGGCUGCUGCUGACCACCACCUCGCUGGCCGGCAGCCUGGCCGACUAUACCGUGCCCAACGCGGAGAUCGUCGCCGCUAUCGCCAAUGGCACCUACAUCUAUCCCGACGUGUAG